UCAAGCAAACACCACGACAGUACGAGAGAUAUGCUAGCCUGCAAUACACCCUUGGUUCUCUACUACUUGCAGAAGAGAAAUAUUCAGCAGAGGUUAGUCCGUGCUAUGGCGUCAAGUUAGCGCCACGGGUGCAUGCAUCAAAUUGCCGUCAGCAUUGUUUUCCCUACCUGCAGUUUGUAGCCUAAGUCUCGCUUUUCGAUCGAGUCAGCGUCAGUGCCGUUACUUCUCUGCCGUCCGCUCCCACGCCGUUAGGUCUAGUACCGUCAACGGGCGAUUGUAAAUCAUUCGACCAUGACCGUUCGAAUGGACUUCUCCGGUCUGACGGACCGCCUGGCCUUCCUGCUGACGUCCAUUCUCGACGAGGACAACGCGACGCCGCCGGAGUGCGCCUCGGCUCUCCGGAGCCACUGUGCGCUACUGCUGUCCCUCUUGGAGGACCUCGAGCCGCUAGUGGACGCGUGGAGCGCGCAGCGGCAGCAGCUUCGCGGAAACAUCCUGCUGCAGUCGGCGCUUGACGAGCUGCGGGUGGUUCUGGAGGAAGCUUCCGGGUUGCUGUACUGGUGCUCAUUGGCGCGCAGCAAGGCGUACAUUGCAAUCAGCUCGGAGUGGGCAGCGCAGAAGUUUCAGGUGCUGACCGUGCGACUGGGCGAAUGCCUUCGCGAAGCUCACUCCGUCGUCGAGCCGUCGCCCGUGCAGCAGCCGCACUGGCACGGGCUGUCGCACGGCCAGGCGACGGGGUGGCAGUUCCAGGUGCCGCACAUCCUCUCGAAGCUCUCCCGCGCACAGUACCCCGUGGAGCCGUCCUCCAUCCGCUGCCGCGAAACCAUCGCCUCCUUUAUCUCCCCUCACUCUUGCUCCUGCGGCGCUUCUGCUAGCGGCAGCAGCAGGAGCGGUAAUAACAGUAGGUGCUCUGGUGCUUGUAAAGGGGGGAGUGUUGCUACGAGCAUUGUCUCCAUUGGUCCGGAUAAGCGCCGUAGCUUGCUGAUGCUGGCCGGGCAGCUUGAUCUUAUAACGGAGGAGGACUUUAGCGAGGAAAUCGAGGCCCUGGAAGAGAUCAAGGAGGAGUGUGACAGUAACGGAAGUGGCUCCAGCAGCAGCAGGCGCAGCAGCAGCCGGAGGCAGAGCAACAGAACAACUAGGGGGAGAGUGGGGAGAAGAAGAGGUGGUGCUUAUAACGGGAGUCUCAACGGCAGCAUUAGCAGUGCUGGCACCUCUGGUUACCACAGUGCUAAUAGCAACAGUGACAAAGCUUCAGGCACUGACACUGAAGCUUCGGCGACAGGUACGGCAACGGACACAGGUUCGGACGCUUCCGUGCCUAACUCUGUGGCAUCAUCCUCGUUUGAGUAUGCUCCGAUAGCACCAGCAGCAAUGGUUCGGUUCAAGAACCCUGCUCUGCUAGCAGCUGCCCUAUCGGUGGUUAAGACCAUGAGGGAGGAGUGCUUGGGCAUUCCUUUUGCCGAACCUGCAGCGCCUCUCCCUGCCGAACCUGCUGUGGUUGCUGGUUCGGAAGCAGGUUCGGGAAUCAGCUCCAGCUUGGGCCAGGGUGCUCUCCCAACUGUUGCCGAGGUACCUGAACUUCCACCUGACCAGGCACCUGAAGUUGCUGACGACAUGGAGGGUGGGAAGGGCACAGCUAAGAGCACUGGUAGCAGCCCCUCAUCGGUCCUCCCUCCUGCAGCACUGUCUGUUACCCUUCCAUCACAGGAUGCCGAUGCUGCCGAUGCUGCUGCCGAAGCUGCUGCUGCUGCUGCUGCGCCUAUCACCCCCUCGUCCUCGAUCGCCUCCGCCUCUCUCUCCGCCUCUCGCUCCUCCAGAGACAUCUACCUUUCUGGCCCGGCCAGGAGAGCCGUGGCGGCUGCUGCCAAGGCAAUGGCUGCCCAGACUACUCCUGCUGCUGCUGAGGGUGAGGUUGGUGCUGCUGCUGCUGGUGUUGGUGCUGCGGGCCCUGCAGAGUCAAAAGAAUUAUCCUCGGUGACCGCACCAUUAAAAGCAACUGUAACUGCGCCUGGAACUGGGCCUGUUACAGCAGUUGUCACGGCACCUGAAACAGCACCUGAAACAGCAUCUGAAAUAGCAUCUGCAGCACCAGCAGCAGCAAACUCGGAAUCAGUAGCACCAGAAGCUAUUGCCACCCCUGUUCCAUCUGCGCCUUCUGCCAAACCUACUGUCAAACCUGCUCCCAACCCUGUUUCCAUACCUACCUCCGCACCUGCUCCUGGACCUCCAUCCCCAAUCACCCCUUCCGGAGCUUCAUUCGGGCCUGCGCGCCGAGCCGCCGCCGCUGCAGCCGCGGCCAGGCGAAAGAGGGAACAGGCUGGGAAGGCGGGAGGUGCUGCUGCUGCUGCUGCUGGUGCCGCUGCUGGUGCUGCUGCUGGUGCCGAUGCCGCUGGUGCUGGUGCCGGUGGGUGCCUUGGAGAGCUGGCAGGGUGCUUUGCAGGGGCUAAGGAGCACGAAGGGAGCGAGAUAAGGAAGGGGGAAGAGGAGAAGGGGAAAGAGGGGAGUGCGGAGGAGGGAAAGAAGUGUGGGGAGCAUGAGGGGGAGAGUGGAGUAGUGGGGGGUGAAGCGGUUGCGGUGCUGCCGAAGACUGCAAGGGAGGUUGGGGAGGAGGUUGCAAAGGAGGGAGAAGGCCCUGCAUUGAAGAAAACACCUGCGAAAACACAUGAAGUUCCACCUGCUAAAGCACCUGAGGAAACGCCUGAGGAGAAAAAGGCAGAGAAGCAGUCAGAAGUGGUGAAAGAGGUGGUGGGAGUGGUGGAAUUGGUAGAAGUGGAGGAGGUGGAGGACGAGGAGGGGGUGGGGAUGGGAGUGGGGACAGGCGUGGGGGAGGGAGAGGAGGACGUUAUGGGAGAGGAAGAGAUGGAGUCUCAGGCGUUUGAAUCAGAGCGGAAGGUGCAGCACUGGCUGGAGCAGCAGCAGCAACAGCAGCCGCAGUUGCAGCAACAGCCGCUGCAACAGCAGCAGCAGCCGCAGCAGCAUGAGGAGUUGGAUAAGCAGCGAGAGAACCUGACGCCAGACCACCUGCCGAAGCACCACCAGCAUGCUUCAGAGCAGCAGCAGAAGCAGCAGCAGCAAAAGCAGCAGCAGCAGAAGCAGCAGCCAAAGCCGCAGCAGAAGCAGCAGCUGAAGCAGCAGCCGAAGCAGCAGCCGAAGCAGCAGCCGAAGCAUCAGCAGAAGGAGCAGCCGAAGCAGAAGGGAGAAGAGCAGCACAAGAGUGCGUUGUGGUGGCUUCUGGAGGAACGGAAUGAGUAUCAAACGAGCAAGAAGAGCGAGAGCCAGAGCAAGAAGCAGGAGCAGGAGAAGCGGGAGGGGAAGGGCGAUAGAGCAAAGGAGUGGCAGGUGCAGGAGCAACCGAGCGCAAUCCCAUCAGUGUUUGAUGAAAGAGGGCGAGCACGCUCCAGGGGAAGAGACAGGGAGUCGGAGAGAGACAAGGAGAGAGGAGAUAAUCACGGAGACAAGCUCAAGGAACCCCGACGCUCCUCCCCCCUCCCCCCUCCCCCCCCAAAGAACCCCCUCCCCUCCAUCUUCCUCCACCCUGCCGAGCCUGCCGAGCUGGUUCGGAUGCUGCAGGGCUCCGAGCCUGCGCGGCUGCACGCGGCAAGCCGCAUUCGGGAGGUGGCUCGCACGGACGAGGACGUGCGGGAGCACCUGAGGCAUGCGGGGGCGCUGAGGCCGCUGCUGGACUGCAUGGCUGCGGCUGCCGGGCUGCCGGUUGGGGUUGAGGCAGUGGUGAGGCAGAGUCAGGAGAAGCUGGAGGGGCAGGGGGGGGGAGCAGGGACGGAAGGUGCUGCUGCUCCUGCUGGUGCUGCUAAUGGUGAUGCUGCAGCUGGUAUUCCCCUCUAUGCGUCUCCUGCUGCCAGCUAUCCUUACCCUCCGCCUUCUCCUUUUGCGUCAAACAUCUCCCUGACAGCUCACCCCUGGGUGGCUGCCUCCCCUGCCCACCCACCCAUCCGCUACUCCUCCUCUGCCGGCUCGACCAACCCUUCCUCCACUCCCUUCGCAGACCGCGCAGGGUCCUUCCGGGGCGUUUCCCCUGCUGCUGCCCACCAUGGCUUUCCCCCUCUCCACCACCAGCAGACCCCUCGUUCCUUCUCCACCCCCUCUCACUCACUCUCUCACUCCCUUUCUCGCUCCCACUCCUCGCAUAACCCCUCCCUUCCAGCUCCCCCCACCCCCACCCCCCCUCCUCCCUGUCCUAAUGCCAAUUGGGUGCUGGUGGAAACAGCCACAUUCGCUUUAGUCAACCUCGCUUUAGACCCCAUCAACUGCGAGCUAAUCACCGAUCUUGGCGCCGCCCCAGUCCUUGUCCACAUCCUCCGUGCUGCCCCCACCGCCACCCGGGACGCCGCAAUCGCAGCCCUCUUUGUCCUUUCCUCAAGCGACGCCGCCCGGCUCGACAUCGGCGCAGCUGGCGCAAUCCCGCUUCUCGUCUCCAUCCUACUAGAUGAAAAGCCGCAGCGGCAGCCCUCAGCCUGUCCGGCAAACUCAGACCGAGCCAAAGAAGAUGCACUCCUCACCCUCCUCAACCUCUCCCACCUCGCGUCUAACAAAUCAACUCUCCUCCUCUCCGGCACCCACCGCGCAUUAAUCCACGUUAUAAUGCGCGCUCCGGGGCAUCGCCUGGCAGACAAGGCCCUCGCUACAAUGAGGCAGCUUGUAACGAGGCCGGAGGGGAGGGAGGCGGUGGUGCAAGCAGAGGGGGUGGGCGCGCUGGCACGGGCGCUGGAGCGAGGUUCGGACAAGGGCAAGGAGGAGGCGACGGCUAUAUUAGCGGUGCUGUGGGAUAAUGAUGGGUCAGGGCAUAGGAAGGCGAUCAAAGAGAGGAAGGUGGGGAAGCAGCUGUUGGCCGUGGCAAGGGUUGGGACGGAGCGAGGCCGUGCAAAGGCGCUCCAGCUGCUGAUGCACCUUGCGUGAGUGCAGCGCGGUCUGGCUGAAGGCUGCUGCAACCACAUCUCCCCAUGCUGCAUGGAAGUUGGAUAUACCUGGUCGGGAUGUCACCUUGCUGUGUGCGGUUUCUUUGUUCUCAGUAUGCCCUGGGACUUUCUGCGUUCUAGUUAGAGCUGCUUCAGCUUCAGGCACAGCUGUCUCGACUAUAAAAGCCAGAUCCCUGCUCCACAUGACCUCUAGUAAUGCUCAUGUUAUUAUGCUAGUCUCAACUCUACUGUCAUGCAUUUUCGUUAGCUCUCUAUUUGGCUCCACUUUAUGUAGAU